UUUCUGCUGCAGCUUUAUGUUCGACGAGCCGUCCAGUUAUUUGGAUGUGAAGCAGAGACUGAAGGCUGCCAUCACCAUCCGCUCACUGAUCACCCCGGACAGGUACAUCAUUGUGGUGGAGCACGACCUGAGCGUGUUGGACUAUCUGUCCGACUUCAUCUGCUGCCUGUACGGAGUUCCCAGCGCCUACGGAGUGGUGACCAUGCCCUUCAGCGUCCGAGAAGGUAUCAACAUCUUCCUGGACGGCUACGUUCCCACAGAGAAUCUCAGGUUUCGUGAGACCUCAUUGGUCUUUAAGGUGGCUGAGACGGCCAAUGAGGAGGAGGUGAAGAGACUCAGGCAUUACCAGUAUCCAGAAAUGGGGAAGACGAUGGGCGAGUUCACGCUGGAGAUCAAAGGAGGAGAAUUCACAGACUCUGAGAUCAUGGUGAUGCUGGGAGAGAACGGUGAGAUGUUCUGCUUGGGUUUGGAUCAGCGAGGUGACCCUCAGGAACCUCAACUGAAAACAUGCUUUACAAUAAAGAGAAUAUAAAACUGCUCAAGUUAAGAAACUUCUCUUGGACUAAACUCUGAAAGUUAUGUUGUCUUUGAAAACAUCCAAAGUGAAAGCCUUCAUCAGAAACUGAACAGAACCACUGGACAGUCAUUGAGCUCAUCUGUGGUUCUGAUCAAGAGACACAACUUUUAAUCAAAUGUCUUUAAAAUUGGCAGCAGCAUCACUCGUUACCUGACUGAUCAAUAGCUGACUACAGAGACGUGGACGCAAGUCAGUCCACACCAGACAUGUACUGAUGGAGGAUCAGGUGUCAGAACUCCGCCCUGAUGAACCCAGUAUGAUAGAAUGAGUUCUGGUUGGAGGUCCUCCACCUCCUCAGAUUCUCUGUCAUGGUCCCGUUGCUGCUGAACUCCCACAAUGC